AUGGACACGGACAGCGACCAGCUCCACCGCGUCCUCCACCUCCGCCGGGCGCUGAAGUGGAAAAAAAUGAGCUGCGGGGAGAGCCCGGCUACCUCGGCCACCUGGACCUCGGUCACGUGGACCUCGGUCACGUGGACCUCGGUCACGUUGACUUCGGUCACCCUAGCACCCACAAGGACGACGGACACUUCCACCACUUUGAGCAGCACCACCAUCACCACGACCACGGUGACCACCCAAACUUUACCAACCCCUCCACCUACGAGGACCUUCACAUCCACCACGCUCACUUCGACCACCUUCACUUCCGCGGCCGUGGCUCCGGCGCCCCGCGUGGUGCCAGGCGUGGCUUUUGCCCCCGACACCUCGACGUCCACGUCGACGGAGCUGAGGGCGGCCGAGGGCACGGCGGAGUUCGCGCCGGAGGUUGGUGUGACCAUGGAGCUGGCGAAUCUGGAUUACCAGAAGCUCUCGUCUGCGUCGCGGGAUCAGCAGAAUGAAGUGGUCGAAGGCUUGCAGCAGACGCUGGCCUGGCGCGCCGGGUUGCGGCAAGGGCCGGAAAUCUCACCCAUGGCUCGCUUUGCUUGUCUGGUCUGGCUCACUGUGCUGAGCCGCGGAGUCUCCGCGGAGGAUGUGGACGAGUGCGCAGAGGGCGCUGAGAUGCGGAUGCUGCAAGUGGGCAAAGCCACGCUGAAGAGCGCGGAUCUUCAGAACUGCGGGCACUUGACCCAGGACACCUGUUAUGAAGGUGCCAAUUUCGUGUGCUCCAACAACUGCCCCAUCCACACCCACGGCAAGGACUGCUACAGGCCCAUCCCCGAGGUGAUGGCGGAGCACCCGGGCAUGGACGGCUACUGCUACUUCAACAUGACCGGCUUCUGGGUCGUUCCGGUGGCGGCGGAGAAUCCUGACUUCGUGCAGAGCUCCAGGUUGGGGGUGCUGGGGCUGAGGUGCUCCGACUACCCCGGGCUCAGCAACGGCCCACCGCGCAGCCUCCACUUUGAGGGUGAGGUGCUGACCACCCACAUGGACUGCCCGCACUACAUCUACGACGACUUGUACGGCUACUCCUUGGGGCAACUGCAGGGCCAAGGGGUGGAUCCUGCCUGGAUGAAGGAGCCCCAACACUGGAUGGCCGUGAGCGAGAAGAUUUGCCAGGACAUUCAAAAAACCUGGAACUUCACCAACGACGAGCUGCAUUUGGCAGACUGGCUGGACGACAACGCGGUGAUCUACGUCAAGACGGCCUGCGCGGCCAACAGCGAACCGGGGAGUUCAGACCCAGUGGUCUUGGAGACCCGGACGUUCCUAUUUUGA